CUCUAACUUUUCAGUCCACUACGUUUCUUUCUCCCCCACCUCUCGCUUUUCUUUCUCUCUCCAUGUGACUUUCCUAAAAACAAUGGCAACGAUCAUAUCCCGCAUUCUCAUCUAAUCCCGUUAAAUCUUCUGAUUUUUCGUUUUACCUCUCUCAACCCUAAAUUACAUACUCAUUUUCACCUGGAUUUCACUUCAUCUACUGCUCACUUGUUCUACUCUAAAUCUCGGAGUUUUCUAGAGAAUUCUGCUCUUUUUCAUUUCAAAUUGCUUUGAGCUAAAGAGACCCACCUGUAUUUGCAUUCUGGUUACUCUUGUACUUAGUUAAGUGAUUUUUUUUUGAAGUAAGUUAAACUAUUACCACUGUGAGAUCAAUUGUGCUGUUGAAUUGGGAAUUUUAUAGAGAUCCGUUGUAGGUAUCAAUUUGGGUACUCUGGAGUGAAGAGUGGAGGUAUAUCAAAUUGGGGGUUUUGGAUCGGACCGGGGGAGAAACAGCGCCAUUAAAUGGCGCUGUUCAGACGCUUCUUCUAUAGGAAGCCGCCGGAUCGGCUUCUUGAGAUCUCUGAGCGGGUCUACGUGUUUGAUUGUUGCUUCUCCACGGACGUGUUGGAUGAAGAUGAGUACAAGACAUAUAUGGGAGGGAUUGUAGCUCAGCUGCAGGACCACUAUGCAGAUUCUUCUUUCAUGGUUUUUAACUUUAGAGAAGGUGAUAGGAGGAGCCAAAUAUCUGACAUAUUGUCCCAGUAUGAUAUGACUGUGAUGGAUUAUCCUCGGCAAUAUGAAGGGUGUCCACUUUUGCCUCUGGAGAUGAUCCACCACUUCUUGCGCUCGAGUGAGAGCUGGCUUUCACUUGAGGGCCAGCAAAAUGUCCUGUUAAUGCACUGUGAGAGGGGAGGCUGGCCUGUACUUGCUUUUAUGCUUGCUGGCCUUCUUUUGUACAGAAAACAGUACACUGGUGAGCAUAAGACUCUUGAAAUGGUGUACAAGCAAGCUCCUAGGGAGCUUCUCCAUCUUUUGUCACCUCUGAAUCCGCAACCAUCUCAGCUUAGAUAUCUCCAGUACAUCUCCAGAAAGAAUUUUGGCUCGGAAUGGCUGCCAUCAGAUACACCUUUUUCUUUAGAUUGCAUCAUACUUAGAUUUCCUCCUCUAUUUGAUGGUGGGAGAGGCUGCCGACCAGUAGCUCGCGUUUAUGGACAGGACCCUGCUUCAACAACCUCUAAUAGGAGCUCUAAGCUACUCUUUUCAACUUCAAAGACAAAAAAACAUGCCCGCUUCUACCGACAGGAAGAGUGUUCACUGGUGAAAAUAGACAUCCGUUGUCGUGUCCAAGGAGAUGUUGUUCUCGAGUGUGUUCAUUUGGAAGAUGACCUAGUAAGGGAAGAAAUGAUGUUCAGGGUCAUGUUCCACACCACAUUUAUUCGCUCAAAUGUUUUGAUGUUAAUGCGUGAUGAAGUUGAUGUCCUGUGGGAUGCGAAAGACCAAUUUCCUAGAGGGUUCAAAGCAGAGGUGCUCUUUUCGGAUCCUGAUGCUGUUCCAUCCACUGAAGAAGUGCCAAGUGAGGAUGAGAAUGGGACUGAAGGUGCUUCACCUGAGGAGUUUUUUGAAGUCGAAGAGAUAUUCAGCAACGCUGUUGAUGGACAGGAUGGAAGGGGGGAAUCUGGACCCCACAUUGUUAAGGAAAGUUUGGAGGAUGAUGAUAGUAUCGAAAUAAUCUGGAAAGAGGAGGUGGAACAUCAUGCAUUUCAAGAUUGUGCAUCCGACGAAGUAAAUCACAAGCAAGAAGGAAAGUCUGCAUCAGAAACCAACAUUUUAGGAGGUAGAGACAAUUCUAUAGCCUCCAAGGUUGUAGUUUCCAAUGUUUCUAGCAAGAUGGAAUCAGAACCGCUAAUGUCUGGUGAUUGUGGCCCAUCAGAAGAUGGGGAGCAAAAGCAAGAUAAGGAAGACACUCUGAAACAAAAGAAGUUGGAGAGGGAAGGUGUACAACAGAAGAUGAGUGCUGAUAUUAAUAAACAAAAAAGUGAUAAGACAGUCUCAUCUCUAAAGAAACAAUCAUUCUGCAACUCAAAACCUUCUGCUGAUGGCGUUGGUCCAAAAAAUAAAUCGAAACAGCAGGAACCCCAGGGCACUGUUUCACGACAGGCAAAGCCAAAUGCAGUGUCCCGGUGGAUCCCUCCUAACAAAGGUUCUUACACUAAUUCAAUGCAUGUAGCAUAUCCACCAUCAAGGUAUAACAGUGCUCCUCCUGUGCUUGCUCUCACCAAAGAUUCUCAGUCUGGGGUUAAAUCAAAGUCACCAUCUCCUCGAGCUUCUUCAGAAGCUAUAGUUUCUGCUGAAGCAGGGUGUGUUCCAGGUAAAGACUCCUCAUGUCCUGCUACAAUCUCUGCUCCUGAAUUAGCUGACAGGCAGGCCCUGCAGCUUCAUCCAUCUUCUCGACCGCCAAGCACUUCAUCUCAUGAAACGCCUGAUGCUGAAGUAGCAGGAACUAAUUCAUCAUCAGCUUCUGCAACUCCACUUUUGUCUCUGCUGGAAAGCAAUAUUUUGACAGCUUCUUUUACUCUGCCAGCCUCCAAUUCUCCACCAGCUCCGACCGUGCCUCCCCCGCCACCUCUGAGCACGNUCCACCUCCGCCAUCAACUAUUCAUUGCCGCCUCCACCUCCUCCACCUCCACCUAUAUAUGCAUCUACUGUACCAAGAUUGGCUACUUUUGGGGUUUCCACACCAUCACCACCACCUCCUCCCCCUCCACCUCCUAUGUGUGCUGUCUAUUCUCCUCCUCCUCCGCCUCCACCACCACCUCCUCCUUUACUUGGCUCUUCAGCACCACCUNGCCUCCUUUAUAUAACGCUCCAUUUGCACCAUCUCCACCUCCUCCACCCCCUCCUCCUUUCUCUAGAGCACCAACACCACCGCCACCGCCUCCUUUGCGUGGCUCUGUACCCCCACCACCUCCUCCAUUGCCUGGAGCUCCACCCCCUCCUUCAUGGGGGCCUCCACCUCCUCCGGGAGGUGGCCCACCACCUCCACCUCCACCUCCUGGAGCACGGGGGCCUCCAGCUCCUCCACUUCCUCCUGGCGCUGGUCCUCCUCCACCACCUCCUCCAAUACGGGGAGCACCACCUCCUCCACCUCCUCCUGGAGGUCGCGCACCUGGUCCACCUCCCCCACCCCCUCCAGGAGGACGCGCACCUGGUCCACCUCCCCCACCCCCUCCGGGAGGACGCGCACCUGGUCCACCUCCUCCUCCAGGAGCUCCAAGACCUCCAGGUGGUGGACCUCCCCCACCACCACCAUUUGGCGCUAAAGGACCUGGGGCAGUUGGCCGAGGCCUUCCUCCCGGGAGAACGCAGGGAUUUUCACGCACAACUAGUGGUGUAGCUCCUCGAAGAUCUAACUUAAAGCCUUUGCAUUGGAGCAAGGUAACUAGGGCACUGCAAGGAAGCUUAUGGGAUGAACUGCAGAGAAACGGAGAGCCUCAAUUGUCACCAGAAUUUGAUGUAUCAGAACUUGAGACUCUUUUCUCUGCUAAUGUCCCCAAGUCAGAUAAUGCGGGUGGCAAAUCUGGAGGCCGAAGGAAGUCUGUUGGAUCUAAACCUGAUAGAGUUCACCUGGUUGACUUAAGGAGGGCGAAUAAUACUGAAAUUAUGCUCACAAAGGUGAAAAUGCCACUGCCUGACAUGAUGGCAGCUGCGCUCGCAAUGGAUGAGUCAAUUUUAGAUGCUGAUCAGGUGGAGAAUCUUAUCAAGUUUUGUCCUACAAAGGAUGAGAUGGAACUUCUCAAGAAUUACACUGGUGACAGGGAGCUCCUGGGAAAGUGUGAACAGUUUUUUCUGGAGCUGAUGAAGGUGCCUCGAGUAGAGUCAAAACUAAGAGUUUUUCUCUUCAAGAUCCAGUUCAACUCUCAGGUCAAGGACUUCAAAAAAAGCUUAAACACUGUGAACUCUGCUUGCGAAGAGGUCCGAUAUUCUCUCAAAUUGAAGGAAAUACUGAAGAAAAUAUUGUAUUUAGGGAAUACAUUGAACCAGGGAACUGCUAGAGGUUCUGCCGUUGGAUUUAAGCUGGACAGUCUUUUGAAGCUCACUGAUACACGUGCUACGAACAACAAGAUGACACUCAUGCAUUAUCUUUGUAAGGUUCUUGCUGCCAAGUCACCAGCACUUUUAAACUUUCAUGUAGAUCUUGUAAGCCUGGAAGCUGCAUCAAAGAUACAAUUGAAGUCUUUGGCUGAAGAAAUGCAAGCAAUCAUCAAGGGUUUGGAAAAAGUUAAAAAGGAACUGGAGGCAUCUGAGACUGAUGGCCCUGUGUCUGAAAUUUUUUGUAAGACCUUAAAGGAAUUCGUUGGUGUGGCUGAAGUAGAGGUUGGUUCUGUCAAGGAGUUAUAUUCUGUUGCGGGCAGAAAUGCUGAUGCAAUUGCACUAUAUUUCGGCGAGGAUCCUGCCCGCUGUCCGUUUGAGCAAGUCACUGCAACCCUCUUAAAUUUUGUGAGACUGUUCCGCAAAGCCCACGAAGAAAACUUGAAGCAGGCUGAAUUAGAAAGGAAGAAAGCUCAGAAGGAGGCUGAAAUGGAGAAUGCCAAAGGAGUUAAUUUAACAAAGAAGGGUAUCAAGUGAAUGGGAACGAUUUCAUUGUUUCAGUGAAUAUUGGGUGUCGAACAAUCCAUGCCUGUUGGUUAACCAUGUUAACUGAGGAUAUCUUCCAAAGACAGACCAAAAGCCUCCAAAAUUAAUGCAAGUGCUGUGGCAUUCUUUGGGUUCAAGAAAGAAUAUUGAGGCUUGUGAACCCCUGGAAGUGCAGUGAAAUGCUUUGCAGAUAGGAAGCUGAACCCGACACAUCAUUGUCGGAGCUCUUGGAUGAUGCAAGCAGCCUGUUGCUCCCUAAAUCAAUCCCCUUGAUUUUAUUAUUGGCAGGAUUGCUAUCCAUCUGGAGAGAUUUGCUACAUGAUUAAGCAGAUGCUGCAAUCAAGACCACGGAUUUGGAUAUGCAAUUAUGGAGCGAACAUGAUGGACUCGGUGGCACAAAAAAUGUAGUUGCCACAAUGACAACGUUCACCAUUGACCGCCAUUACGCCAUGUCAACUGUAAAUUAAAAGUGUUACGUCAGCUUGUAUAAAGCCUAGCCAGUGUAUCUAGAUUCAAAGUUUGAUUCUUUUCAUUGUAACAUAGAAAAAUGGGUUCCCUGCUGUAUCAGUUUUUGAUGGGAACCUACCACGAAAUUGAUUGUACAGAAAGCAUAGGAGAAGAUAGGGAUAGGUUCUUUAGCAAUAGUAAUGUAUCAAAUAUCACUAUGCAGGCUGUAGGAUUAGCUUCCCCUCUUUCCAAGAUUCAAGUUUUGGAAAAUGUUCUAAUAUCUUCAUUCAUUAAUGGCAGAGAAGUCUGCAUUUCCUUA